GAAACAAAACCAACUUUAGCUACUAAAAAUAGCCAGCGUUAGCUUAAAACAGCACAUUUUGUAAUAGUUAAACUUUAAUUUUGCAUAUUCAACACGACAUUGGAUGUUUGUAUCAAGUAUUUGGGGCUUUAGUGUCUUCUAACUUCGCGUCUUGCUCGUUGUCGUUGUCAGAUUAAGAUGCUGUCUGCUGGAGAUGUCCAUGGUUGUCUUCGUAGACUGGAAAGUCUCUUGCGGGUGAUAAAAUACCCGGGAUGUGUCGACUACGAUGGCCUUUCCAAAGGAGACCCGUCUGCUUUUCUGCCAGUUGUGAGCUUCACCCUCACCUCCUUCUCUCCACCUUUUGCUGAGCAACUAAUGGAGGCCGGACUGGAGCUGACGGGAAAAACUGACCUCCGAUUCACUGACACUUUUUAUAAGGUAAUGCGAGAUAUCUUUGACUAUAAGCCCAUACUGACCAAGCAGCAGUUCCUCCAGUGGGGUUUCACCCAAAGGAAAAUCUCUGUCGUAUGUGACAUCAUAACUUUGGUCCUGCAGAAACACAAGCAACUAAAGAAGCCGAGAGUCAGAUGUCCUGCCUCACACAAGAAUGGCAGAGGACAAGCUCAUCCAACGCUGACUGAUGCAGACACUGUGUUCGAGAAGCCAUUUAUUGUGAAUCACAUGGAAAAUCCCUCCACUUUUUCCACAAACUCCUCCCAUGCAGAAGCAUGCUCCUCCCAUAAUAACGUAACCUCUCAUAACGACGUGUACUCCAGUUCUCCUGAAAAUGGGAUCAGAGAGCUGGCAGGACAGGAGGAGGACAAGGAAAACGUUCUUCACUCAUCGGAGGUGGAGGGAAGGCUCUCAGCACUGGAGGCUCAACUAGGGAGUCUUCAGUCUGGACUAGAUCGACUCAGUAUCCUGGAGAGACGCCUGGAGGAACUUGACAAAUGGAGAAACACAGACAAGACUAAAGGAGAAGUCAUCACUAUAUCGAGAGAGAGCUGGGAAAAUCUGAUGAGCAGAGUUCUCUUAUUGGAAACUAAACUAGAUCUGAGCAAUGCACAGUUAAGUGUCCCGCCACCAUGUCCGUCGUCUACCUCCUCCUAUUCCUCCAGCUCCAUGUCUGAUGAAUCAAAGGAGGAUCUUAAGGACCGACUAGAGAGGAUCGCCAACAUGCUGAAGAGCACCUCCAGUCUGCUGAAGAACACCGAAUCCUCCUCAACACACUGCAAAUAAAGUAUGAUAAUUGUCA